AUGCUCAAUGAAGGAAUUAUUGUCCCUUCAAAAAGCCCUUGGGCGUCUCCAGUGGUACUCGCACCUAAAAAAGACGGGUCCAUUCGCUUCUGCAUUGAUUAUCGCAAGCUCAACGAGAUCACUAUUCGUGAUGCUUACCCAAUUUCACGCAUUGACGAUACACUAGAUGCACUACAACAUGCUCACUUUGUUUCAACAUUAGAUUUACGUUCCGGCUAUUGGCAAGUCGAAAUGGAUGCAUCAAGUAAAGCACUGACGGCAUUCGUCACACACAAAGGACUAUUCGAAUGUACGGUGAUGCCUUUCGAACUUACCAACGCACCAGCCACUUUUCAGCGUCUUAUGGAUAUUGUACUAGCUGGUCUUAAAUGGCAAUGCUGCUUGGUGUACCUCGAUGAUAUCAUCGUCUAUUCUUCAACAUUUGAGCAACACCUUGAAGAUCUUCGUAAAGUUUUCUUAGCUCUCGCUGAUGCCAACCUGACACUCAAGACUUCGAAAUGUAACUUUUGUCGACGAGAAAUGAAAUUCCUCGGACAUCUUAUUACCCCGGAUGGCAUUAAACCAGAUCCUGGCUUGAUUGCCACAAUUGAACAAUUCCCUCAACCAACAAAUAUCAAAGCAGUCCAAGCCUUCCUCGGACUUUCCGGCUACUAUCGCCGUUUUAUCCAAAACUAUGCUAAAAUCGCCGAACCUCUCCUUAAAUUGUUACGAUCUACUCAACCUACACGGUUUCGUUCUCCUCUCGCCUGGAAUGAUGAUUGUACGGUAGCGUUCCACGCGUUAAAACAACGGCUCAUUUCUUCUCCUAUUAUGCAAACACCAAACUUUUCUUACCCUUUCAUUCUCGAACUCGAUGCGUGUGAAUAUGGCAUCGGAUGCGUUCUCACACAGGAAUACGACAAUAAAAAAUACGUCAUAGCAUAUGCAAGUCGCACGCUGUCAUCGGCUGAAAGAAAAUAUAGUGCAGUAGAACGUGAAGCUCUCGCUAUCGUUUGGGCAACUAAACAUUUUCGCCAAUAUCUCCAGGGUGGCCCAGUAAUCAUACGAUCCGACUGCAAAGCCUUGGAAUGGCUAAAAAAACGCUCGUGA